AUGAAUCGCAGCAACACGCAGGGUGUUCUUCUGCUGGUCUGUUCGCUGUGGCUGCUCAUCUGCCUGCACACCACCGAUGGUUCGGUGUUGGCAAGUGAGAACGAUCGUGACAACCGGCAGGCUCGUGCCGUACGGCGUUCAGACACUGACGUAUCGGAUCGGGUUGAGGACCGCACGAAUGCGAUUGAUCAACCCCUGGAUGCGGCUCUCCAGCUGAAGUACUACGAUGUGGUACAGGUCGACUUGGUCCAGAGCCUCCCGACUCAGGCUGCUGGACAGUCAGGGACAGUAGCGCUGGUUGCGGCAGGUGCAGGUGAAGGUCCAGGACAAGACAACCAGUCUGUGUCAGUAGCUCCACCAGCGACGAAGAGCGAGUCAGCUAAAACCCUCGCAGAUCAGGUGGCGGAGGGCAAAUAUGGGCUGAUCCAUCGCGAGCUGUUCCAGCGUCGACCACAGCGGCUCGGCGUGCUGAACUACCGCCGUAACGAGGAGGUCCCACUAGACGAUGAACGCAACUACGGUGGUCUCCGUCCAGAUGAGAUCUGGCUAGCAGAAGAUCACCUGCUAGUGCUGAAGGGUGGCUCGAUCAACUUUGGUAGUAACCGAUCGGGGGCAGAUGGACCUGCCGGGGCCUGGCAGCCCAUCGACGACUACCGUGCCCCGGAUCGGCAGGUCCAGAUCCCAGCUAACCCCGCCGUACCGCCACCCUUUCCCGUGCAGCUCCGCGAGGACGGACCGAUUGAGUUUAUCCGUGGUCGUCAGGUGCCGGCAUUUAAUCCGUUCACUAACGAAUCGGCGUUCCUCUUCACCAACAAAGCGUUCCCGGUCAUUCGGCCGGAGGAUUUCGGCGGGCAAAAUAUACUUGCCGGGCCAGCGGCGCACAAUGCUUCUGGCCAGCACCACACCGGACUCCAGUAUCCGCCUCCGGUCAACCCACCGCCCGUUUCGGACAACCGGACGUACUCGAACCCGUUCCUGAAGUUACCGCCACCGCCGGGGUUGCCUCUGGGACCGCCACUAGCAGGUCCUGGAGGUUCUUUGGAUGAGCAGCGGAACCGCACUGGUCUCUUCCCGCCUGGAGACGAAGACGACCCGUCAUUGUACUACCCUCCACCGUACACGUUCGAGUACCGCGGGAACUACACCAACCCGGUACCACCGGGUCCGCUUGUUCCUGGAAUCAUCUUACCACCACCACCGAACUUCUUCAUCCUCAAACCGACGGUGUCGUCUGCCAACGGGACUGAGCGGGUUCCGGUUGAGCGAACAAAGCCCUCUAAACCACCCAAAACCCUCUACUCAGGUAGCCGCCCUACGGCGACGGCAACAACUACAACAGCUGCUCCAACUCCGCCACCUGUCAACAGUGUCGUGCCGCCCAAGAUUGUGCCGUCGCGUGUCGAGAUUCAGAAGGCCGUGUUGAAGACGUUCGUGCCGGUGUUGGAGGUGUACGGUGCUCCUCGACAGCCUGGUUCUAAGGUGCCCACUAAACGACCGCGCCCAAAACCAACUCUCCCACCGACAGUGACCACCACCGUGCCACUACACGCCCCAUCGACUAAGCUGCACAAAAUCCCACCAGAGGGCGCUCGACAGCCACCAGUCGUGCCAGCACAUCCAAUCUACGCCGAGUACUUCGAUAUUCGCACGUCCACGAGUCCACCCAUCUGGGACGCAGGUGUAUCGCCACCUGUCACGCCUCAUCUACCCCGCACGUACCUUCCUGUGGCGGGUAAAAGCCGCCCGGAAGCAGCCCGUCCGUCAGUGGCGGCAGCUGCUAUUGACGGGUCCGGUGACUACUUGGGAGGUAACACCUACGGCACCUACAGCCCGAUUGAGCAGUUCCACCGGGAAGUACAGACCAUCCGUCAGACGUUGCAGAUCUACGAGAAGGCAAACAAACUUAAUAAGGCUGGUGGGCGUACGUCAAAGGCGCACUCAGCUGGACCGUCUCUUGCUAACCUCUCGCUGUCGUUUGAUGGUAACGUCUACCGGACGGUCUACCCGACGGAAGUCGUCGCUGCACCUCAGCCGAUACACGUGGCCCAACCAGCAGCCUACCAUCGUCAACCGCCACAGGUCUACCGACCACCUUAUGAACAGGCACCUGCCUAUAUCUACCGACAGACGGACCUGCCAGCUGGGUACUACGUCACUACGACAGAGUACGGCCGUCACACACCAACUGCGUACGGUGAGCAACACCAGCCUCCACCGCAGCAGUACUACCAUCAGCCACCACCACCACCACCGCCGCCACCGCAUCAGCAACCAGAUCUGUCAUACAUCGCACCUGUCAUCCUCAACAACGGCGCUAGCGGGUAUAACCGACGACCCGAGUUUGACACGACCACCACCAAGUCCUACCUCAUCCUGGACCACCGACUGCCGGCGACUGGCCGUCUACAUCCUGACCGCCAACGUCAACCCCUCUCGGAGCUACCGUACCUGUACCGGAGCACCGGAACCGGUUCGCCAGGGUCGGCCAGUGAGCAGGGACUGCCAGCACGCAACCGGUACCUCGAGGGUGACAUCCUCGUCAACUACAAGCAUCCGUUGCCGGUGCUCAACCCGGACAGCGAGUUCCUGCCCUACCACCAUCGGCUGAAGGUGCGCAAGCGGCAGAACGUGCGCGGAGCUGGUGAGCAGAAGCCGCGCUACCUCGGACAGUCCCUCUACAACCAUCGGUAGGGUGUGUCGUGGGUUAGAGGAGGAUUGUACAUAUAUAGCUGGCACAAACUUCGCCACGUGGUUCCGGUCGAGCGGCGAGUGGGAGAACAUUCGUACUACUAUCUUCAAACUCCCCGAAAACCGCGGUGGUUCCGAAAGGCGGAGGAUGAGCGGGGCUAGGAAAUACUCACCUGUAAUUAUUGUUGUUUGUAAUAUUGGACGCUUUGGAAGCUGCUCGUGGGGGUACGGUUGCAGGUUAAGGUCUCUGCCAUAGACUGUAUAAAUAAAAUUGAACCCAGGAAAGAAAUACGUAGCGCGAGAAAAAAAAAUACAAAUAAUCACACGAACAGCUGGCAAUUACACCUGCGUACCGCGCAGUAUAGGAGGGGAAUGGGCCUGCAAUGAUGCUAGAGUGUUUAACUAGGCUACUUUCGAUUGCCAUUAUGUAGAAACCGAACAAAAGCCCGUGUACUGUACUUUUUUUUUGCUUUAUCGCUUGAUGAAUACAAAACUAUGCAUCUGACAAC